GUACUUUGGUGACAGCUAUGCCAGAGACUUGGGCAUUUAUUUACAGAGGGUUGGUGUUGUAAACAAGAACAGUUUGAUCAAAAUGGAGAGCAAUGCUAGUGAUCUCUAUCCGUGUCAAUAUUGCAAAGUGGCAUUUUCAAAUGUUUCCUUUUUGAAGACACAUUUGAAAUUCAAACAUGGAGGAGAAGAAAUUGCCAAUUGGACUUUAGCUCUCACUUCUAAGAAUAGUGAACAUUCUUUCCAACCAUCAAGUUUUCAUCAACAUCUUACAAUUUUUAUGAAAAAAAAGGCUUACAAGUGUGACAGAUGUAAUAAAUGUUUUACAAAGCUUAGCCAAUUGAAGAAACACCUUACAAAUAGCAUAGAAAAAAAGACUCAUAAGGGUGACACAGAAAUUGGCCAUUUAAAAAAACAGCUAAAACAUAAUACUGUUGAAAAGCCUUACAAGUGUGACAUAUGUGGUAAAUAUUUUAUAAAGCUUUACCAAAUAAAGAAACACCUUAAAACUCAUACAGGAUUAAAGCCUUUUACUUGUGAAACAUGUGGCAACUGUUUUUUGCAGUUUGCAGGUUUACAGAGACACCUGCUAAUUCAUUCAGGAGAAAAGCCUUACAUGUGUGACACAUGUGGUAAAAGCUUUUUACAGUUGUCAAAUUUAAAGAGUCACCAUAGACAUCAUACUGGAGAAAAACCUUUCAAAUGUGGCACAUGUGGUAAAGGUUUCAAAGAAUGUAGCAGUUUACUGAGACACCAUAGAGUUCAUACAGGAGAAAAGCCUUUCAAGUGUGACAAAUGUGGUAAAUAUUUUACAGAUUCAUCAAACUUAACGAAACACUUAAGAAGAAUUCAUACUGGAAUAAAACCAUACAAGUGUGAUACGUGUGGUAAAUGUUUCACAGCAUUUUGGGAUUUAAAGAAACAUGUUAAAAUUCAUUCAGGAGAAAAGCCCUACAAUUGUGACAAAUGUGGUAAAUGGUUUAAGGAUCGUGACUACUUAAAGAAACAUGUUAAAAUACAUUCAGAUUAUAAGCCUUACAAGUGUGACAAAUGUGGUAAAGGUUUCACAACAAGUCAUUGUUUAAAAAACCACCUUAGAUUUCACACAGGUGAAUUACCUUACAGGUGUGACAAUUGUGGUAAAUCUUUUGUAUUGAAGAGCACUCUACAGAUCCACUCUACAAUUCAUACUAAACCUCAUAAGUGUGACAAAUGUGGCAAGCGCUUCAUGGAGCUAUUAAAGUUUCAGAAACACUGUAGAAUUUAUAGAUGUGAAAAGCCAUACAAGUGUGACAAAUGUGGUAAAUGUUUCACAACAAGUCAUUUUUUAAACAACCACAUUAGAAUUCACACAGAUGAAUUACCGUACAGGUGUGACAAAUGUGGUAAAUCUUUUGCAUUGAAGAGCAGUCUGCGGAACCACUUUAUAAUUCAUGCUAAACGUCAUAAGUGUGAUAAAAGUGGUAGAUUUUUCACACAAAGUAAAAGUUUACAGAAACACCAAGCAAUUCAUACUGGUGAAAAGCCUUUCAUGUGUGAAAAAUGUGGUAAAUGUUUUGCACUCCUGACUUAUUUACAGAAACACUGUAAAAUUCAUUUAGGAGAAAAUCCUUACAACUGUAAGAAAGAUGACAAGUUUUUCACUCACAUUAAAUCUGCACAGGAACACCAAAGAAUCCAUUCUGGUGAAAAGCCUUACAUGUGUGACAAAUGUGGUAAAUGUUUUGUAAGGCUGACCAAUUUACAGAACCACUGUAAAAUUCAUCUAGCAGAAAAGCCUUACAUGUGUGAUAAAUGUGGAAAAUGUUUUACAUUCUCCUACAUUUUACAGUCACACAAUAGAAUUCAUACAGGUGAAAAGCCUCACAAGUGUAACACUUGUGGUAAAUGUUUCACACUAGAAUCAGGUUUAAAGAAGCAUCAAAGACUUCAUACUGGAGAAAAACCUUACAAAUGUGCCAAUUGUGGUAAAUGUUCCAAUAAUUUAGCAGGUUUACAAAAACACCUUAAAACACAUACAGGAAAAAAAAAAUACUUGUGCAUCAUAUGUGGUAAAUGUUUAUCAGACACUUACACUUUACAGAACCACCAAAACAUUCAUAAAAGAGAAAAGCCUUACAAUUGUGACAAAUGUGGUACUCGUUUUGCACUACAGAGUACUUUACAGAAACACCAACUUAUACAUGAGAAAACCUUUUCAAGUUUACAGAGACACCUUCUAAUUCAUUCAGGAGAAAAGCCUCACAGGUGUGACACAUGUGGUAAAAGCUUCUUACAGUUUUCAAAUUUAAAGAGUCACCAUAGAUAUCAUACUGGAGAAAAACCUUUCAAAUGUGGCACAUGUGGUAAAGGUUUCACAGAAUGUAGCAGUUUACUGAGACACCAUAGAGUUCAUACAGGAGAAAAGCCUUUCAAGUGUGUCAAAUGUGAUUAUAAGCCUUACAAGUGUGACAACUGUGAUAAAAUUUUUUCACAGCUUACUUACUUAAAGAUGCACCUUAGAAAUCAAAACUUAGAAAAGACUUUCAAGUGUGACAAAUGUGGUGAAUUACCUUACAAGUGUGACAAAUGUGUUAAAUCUUUUGUAUUGAAGAGCACUCUACAGAUCCACUCUACAAUUCAUACUAAACCUCAUAAGUGUGACAAAUGUGGCAAACGCUUCAUGGAGCUAUUAAAAAUUCACACAGAUGAAUUACCAUACAAGUGUGACAAAUGUGGUAAAUCUUUUGCAUUUAAGAGCAGUCUGAGGAACCACUUUAUAAUUCAUGCUAAACGUCAUGAGUGUGAUAAAUGUGGUAAAUGUUUCAUACAAAGUAAAAGUUUACAGAAACACCAAGCAAUCCAUACUGGUGAAAAGCCUUUCUUGUGUGAAAAGUGUGGUAAAUGUUUUGCACUCCUGACCUAUUUACAGAACCACUGUAAAAUUCAUUUAGGAGAAAAGCCUUACAACUGUAAGAAAGGUGAUAAGUUUUUCACUCACAUUAAAUCUGUACAGGAACACCAUAGAAUCCAUUCUGGUGAAAAGCCUUACAUGUGUGAUAAAUGUGGAAAAUGUUUUACAUUCUCCUACAUUUUACAGUCACACAAUAGAAUUCAUACAGGUGAAAAGCCUCACAAGUGUAACACUUGUGGUAAAUGUUUCACACUAGAAUCAGGUUUAAAGAAGCAUCAAAGACUUCAUACUGGAGAAAAACCUUACAAAUGUGCCAAUUGUGGUAAAUGUUCCAAUAAUUUAGCAGGUUUACAAAAACACCUUAAAACACAUACAGGAAAAAAAAAAUACUUGUGCAUCAUAUGUGGUAAAUGUUUAUCAGACACUUACACUUUACAGAACCACCAAAACAUUCAUAAAAGAGAAAAGCCUUACAAUUGUGACAAAUGUGGUACUUGUUUUGCACUACAGAGUACUUUACAGAAACACCAACUCAUACAUGAGAAAACCCUUACAAAUUGACAAAACACCUUAGAAUUCAUACAGGAGAGAAGCAAGUGUGACAAAUGAGGUAAAAGUUUUUCUGAUCUCAAAAAUGAUUCUUGCAUGUCUUUUGGAGAUAAGCAUCACCUGAAGUGUCUUUUGAUGUGCCCUGUAUAGUGAAUGACCUUUCUUUGUGAAAUAUUGUUAAAGAUUAAUUAUUGUUUUCUGUUUGACUGUUAGCAUUUUUAAAAAAUUUAAUUUCAAGGUUUUUCUUUGUUAUUUUUUUGCUUAGUUUUGUUCAAGUUCAAUUGAGAGAGUGUGUAGGUGCUUAGUACAUUCUAGUAAAUUAGUUUUAAACUAAUAUGUACUUAGUUAAAGUCAGCAAGGUAGAGCAAUAUUCAAUUAAAAUGGUAAAUAUACGGCUAGUUGAAAACAUAGCUAUUUGAGAUAAAUCCAUGGUAAAAUAAAUGUGUGCACAAUUAUAUUUCUUACCAUUAUUACUUUUUUACAAUUCCACUUUUUCUAAGUGCUUAUGAAAAUAUAAAGCAAAAUAUAGCAGUAUUGUAAACCUUUUUAAAACUUUGACCUACCUAGGUGUAGCUAAAUGUAUAUUUAGCCUGUCUAUAGCUACAGGACAAAAUUUAGCAAACAAUAUAUAUGAAGUAUUAAGGAAGCAAUCAGAUGAGCGGAAUAUUACAUAUAUAGACUAUUAGUUUUGUUGUCUCUAA